AUGGCUGCCGAAGAGCUCUCCGAGGCUGGCAUGGUCGAUAUAAUUCGUGCUCUUGAAGCCAUCCACAGCCCUUCAUCUUCAAAUGAACUUCGCAAAGAGGCUCUUUCCUUCGUGGAAUCCUUAAAGGAUAGCGACGCGGCUGCCCGCAAUGGCUUCCUACUUGCCUCUCGCCCUGAUCAUGCCUAUGUGGUGCGGUACUUUGGUUUAACUCUCCUAGAUCACGUCCUCCGUCACCUGUCCUUCUCCAACACCGACGAAUCUGCAAACGUGCGCUCCAUGAUCCUUCAACUUGCCGAGAACAUUAGACCCGAAGAUCCAAGCUAUUUCCGCAACAAAAUCCCUCAGCUAUGGGCGGAGGCUGCGAAGAAGAGCUGGGGUUUGGAUUGGGUGGAUAUGGAUGAGGCACUGAUGAAGUUCUGGGGCGCAUCCUUGGUGCACAACGAGCUGGUCCUCGCAAUCUUGGAAACUUUAUCGGAGGAUGUCUUCUUCCGCGAAGAUACCGUGUCUUCCCUUCGUGGAUCCGAGCUUAACCGAGCAUUGGUGGAGAUCUUCACCCCUGUUGCAAUCGUCGAACAGGUCAACCCAGACAAAAAUACUAGCACAAUCAAACGUUGUGGACAAGAGGGUUGGCUCGUUCGAAUCUGUGAGUUCUUGGACAAUUGUGUCCAGAACGCGUCCAGCUCUUCACAGGCUCGCGAUGCUGCGGUCAAAGCUCUCACAAGCUUGCGUUCUGCAUUGGCCUGGUCUAUAUACAAGGCAGUUGUGGCGUCACAAGUUGUCUCCACUAUCUUCAGAUCAUUGACUUGCCAAGAUGAACAAGUUCUUCUGGCCGCAAUUGAAGCAUUACAUGCCCUCUACGGCAGGAGCAACAUGGGAAAUGAAGAAUCGCAAGCUCUUGUUUGCCUUCUGUUUGAGCCUGAAUAUCUCCACACUCUUCAAAGUUUGUACCAGUGGUCCAUCGUAGGCCCCAAUGAUAUUGAUGAACCUAAGUAUCUGCUUUCGAAGAAGCUCUCUGAGAUGGUCUCUUAUGUUGCAGGCUGCCUGGAGGACGAUCGACUGCUAAGAGAUACCAUGCAUCGCUUGGAUCUUCCAACAUUUUUCAACUUCAUGGUGACCAUAAUGCAACACGAGAGUUUGACAGUGUCAAUUCCCGUACUGCAUUUGUGGUCCAGGCUUCUGACAAUCAACAAAAUCAGCAGCAUGGAAUUUGUCGUUGCGCAAACCCCAAAUCUCUUAACUAUCUGUACCCAGAGAUUGAUUCGUUGGGAGUCUCUUCCCACCGAAUCUGAAAACCCUACUGUACAAUUCCUUGUCGAGGACAUUGAUACGAUCCCCGAGCGCCAUGCCUUUGUUGGGAACUACCGCCGUUACUGCUCAUCCAUAAUCGAGUCUAUUACAUUGAAAAGACCACAGGAAGCGGUCAGCGAGAUUCUGACCCGGGUUGAUGGCAACCUGGAUAGCCUCUACGAAGGCGUUGAGCCUUUCAGUAUGCAAUCAUUUAACAAAUCCUCAAUUCCUCUCAUGCGUGCCGAUGCCCAAUUUGCUGUAGUAGAGGCUGUCAUCAAGGGUUAUCACAAGUGGGUUGAUUCCCACGGGAAGACACCACAAAAAGAUGAACAAGAACGAAGCAAUUUGGAAUACGUCGUGGAGACCUGGGCAGCCAAGUUGAUGCAGAGAUCUUACGAGGACCCAGUGAUGAAGCAACGAGUCAUCAAGUUGGUUGUUGAUAUCUCUUCCAGGGCCCUGGACAAUAAUCCUGCCUUCGCUUUGAAAGUUUUAGAGCACAUUCUCAUGACACGACUCCAAGAUCACCCUGAAUUCCCUGCAUAUUCCGAAGCCGUCAAGGAACUGCACGGGCUCGCCAGUCAUGAGCUGCGCCGCCUGGCAUAUCGCUAUGCGGACUACUUCUCUACUUUUUACGACUUGCUUGAACCCAAGAUCAGAGAGAUCACCUUGGCCAACCGCGUCGAUGACAAGCUUCGGAUGGAACUGACUUCUAUCUUGCUGAUCAUCAUGCAGCGGGCCAACAACAUUGAUCCUAAUGUUCGUCACACUAGGCUGGCUUCCUUCCUUGAGCCUAUCCGAGAGGCCUGGCAGGAAGAGGAGUUUUGUCGUAUGAGCUCAUCGUUUGAAGGUUUCUGCUCAAUGCUUGGACUCGAAAACGUUGGGUCUUAUAUGCAGAAUAAACAGGCACACAAGCUUUCCGAUUGGUCAAUUGCUCUUCUAGAUAACGAGGGUAAGGUUGUUCAAGAGGAAAUGACCAGAAAGUUUCAGAUGUUACCUUUGAGAGGUACAAAGACAAUGCUGGCUGUGUCCACAGAGAAGCUGAAGAAGUCUGCCCCGGCAUACGCAGUGGCUUGUGAUAUGUGGCAUGACCUUGUGCCACAGAUCCUGCGGACUCUCCUUCCAUUGCUUACUCACGCCCAUGCCUUCCACAAUCCCGCAAAUUGGGCAGUAAGCAACGAAAUGCGAGCUGUAGUUGAGCGCAUUCUGACAGAUCGAUUUUGGCAAGCUGGUAUCUCCACCGGGAGCCGCGACGACUUCUAUGCCAGAAUUACCGCAUCCAAGGCAACAAUGGAAGGAUUCGCUUCCUCUGUUCGUGGAAAAAUUCGAGCUGUUCGCGAAUCUUGCUACUCCAUGCUGUUCAGUAUGAGCAGGAUGCGUGAUCAGUUCUAUGGCUACCCUGAACUACCUGGGCCUCUUUCUGAAGCACUGUUCAAGGAUGCAGAGCAUCUCUCGUCUCAUCAGUACUCAGUUUUGCUGAAUAUUUCCCGCUGUCUUAUUGAUGACUGCCCGGUUCAGUACCGAAGCCAAUUCCUCCCGCCUAUGCUUUCAACACUCUUUAGAAGCCUCGACCGAAAAAUUACGACGGAGUGGGAGAUUAUCGAGCAAAGGAAGAAUGGUCUUGCCGAUGGAGAUCUCACAGAUGAGAUGAAAUCUGAAAGUGUUCUUCGCCAAUUAACCUAUUCGGCUGUGAUCAUGGUGGCUAGUUUGUUUGAUCCCCAGCGUGGAGGUACGAAAUCUUUGAUUCCCAAAACAAAACUUUCACACAUUCGAAGUAACACAUUCACAUUCCUAGACCCUGAUCGAGCAGAGAACGAUCCAACUGCUGCUCCUCGUACGCCAGAUCUUUCCGAAUCUAUUCGAUUUUUUGUCAUCUCUUCAGCGGAAAUCUUUGAGCCGAUCAUGCUGUUCUGUACUCAUGCCUUGCGCAUGCGAGACACUCGAUGCUGUAGUAUCAUCACUCGCGUCGUUCGAUCCAUUCUGCCUGAUUUUGCGACUCCAGCAGACAGCCCGACCAUCCAGACUAUCCGUGAAUUUAUUUGCACGGAUGUCCUUAAGGCAUGCAUCACCUCAGUUCACGAACCAUAUUUUGUGGACAUGCAGAAAGACCUGGCACAACUGAUCGCAUCGAUCUGGGUUUUGUACGGGCCGGCCACUGUGACUCCAAGAUCAAUCUUCCUUACAUUACCGGGAAUCACCGAAGAGAAGGUUUCACAAACAGAGGCCCAAUUGCACCGCUGCGGCUCUCCUCGCCAACAACGUGCAUUGGUGCUUGAACUACUGGAAUCUCUUCGUGGUGUCAGCAUCGCUGAACAAGGAAAGAUCCUUGGAUCUCGUGAGGAGCGCCGUAAGAUUCGUUCCGCGCUUCAAGAACGGUACAUGACCAACAACGACAUGGAGGCUCAGCAGUCGAAUCCUCGCGUUGACAUCAACGAUGGGCCCGAUUUGUCUGGUGUAGCCGACAUGUUUGGUUAG